GUCAUCACCGUUAUCUUUCACCUCCAUAUAAUCAACGCGUCCAUCCUAUACACGUUUCUUCAUGCAUAAACAUGAUCCCUGAUGAUUGAUACAAUUAUUUUCGGCUCGAGUUUGGUAUAGUUUGAUAUUCUUUUCUGUGAAUAAUAUUUGUUGACUUGUGUAUUAUAUUGCAAUCACAUGUAAAUAACAAAAAAGUGGUUAGGCUCCUUCCUUUCUGAAGAGCCAGUUCUCUGUUGUUAUCAUUGAAAAAAUGUUUGGUACUCAUGGAGCCAAUUCUUUAUCCAUUCAAAUAUUUUAUAAAUGUAUCGUCUUUUAUCACCUAAUUGUUUGAUUUGCUUGAUUAUGUGCUUUUGUUUACAUGAUUAAUUGGAUAACCUCUGCCUGAUUAUGGAAAGCUCUCCUCGUAAUUCAGACUGCCCUUCUUCUUCUUCUUCUUCGUCGUCUUCUAACUUCGGGUUUGCUACUGCUUCCAAUUUUUUACAUUCCCCCCUUUCGUCACUUUUAGAAUUUUCCGGUGUUCUUCACACUCAUGAUCAUCCACAUUCUAGUGAUGCGCAAGGCCUACAUGAAUCUUGGUCAGGUAGCAACAACAAUAACAACAUUAGUAGCAAUAGUAGUAGUAGUAGUCACGACAUUAGUAGUAGUAGUCAGGAGGAGGUUUCUAUUAGAAUUAUUGGUGCAACAGGUGAGCAGGAGGAGAAUCAAACACAUUCCCCGACUCAUAGUUCAUCCCCAGAGCCUGAUCAUCUGUCUCCAGAUGAAAGUCAUAAUGCAGAACGCAAUGCUGCUGCUGCAGCUGCUCCCUUUUAUCAUAAUAGAGAUUCUGCUUUUUAUCAGAGAUAUGAUUUACAGCAAGCCGCGAGGUGGAUGGAGCAACUACUUCCAUUCUCUUUUCUUUUGUUGCUUGUAUUCAUUCGCCAGCAUUUGCAAGGCUUUGUUAUUACAAUUUGGGUUGCAGCCUUCAUGUUCAAGUCAAACGAUAUUCUACAAAAGCAGACAGCUCUAAAGGGAGAAAGGAGGCGUUCAAUUCUCUUUGGCCUCUCUCUUGUGUUCACUCUUCAUGUGAUAAGCGUAUAUUGGUGGUAUCUGACUGACCUUUUGCAUUUGUUAGUCAUGAUUCCACCAAAAGCUAUACCACCCUUUUGGCAAGCUAUUUUCAUCAUCGUGGUAAAUGAUACGUUGGUCCGUCAGGCAGCAAUGGUUUUUAAGUGUGGCAUAUUGAUGUACUACAAAAAUAGCAGUGGAAGAAACUAUCGUGAACAGGGUCAACUGCUAACUCUUGUUGAGUAUUCUCUGCUGCUAUACCGUUCACUACUGCCCACUCCAGUUUGGUAUCGUUUCUUUUAUAACAAGGAAUUUGGAAGCCUCUUUUCAUCUCUGAUUACUGGGCUGUAUUUGAUUUUUAAACUCACAUCAAUUCCUGAGAAGGUUCAAAAUUUCUUUGCUUCUUUAAAAGCUUUGUCUCAUACAGAGAUCAAGUAUGGAACCAAUGCAACAUCUGACCAGGUCAGUGCAGCUGGAGAUUUGUGUGCUAUCUGUCAGGAAAAGAUGCUUGCCCCAAUCUUACUACGCUGUAAACACAUAUUUUGCGAAGACUGUGUGUCUGAGUGGUUUGAGAGAGAAAGAACAUGUCCCCUAUGCAGGGCUGUGGUGAAAUCUUCAGACCUUAGAUCAUUUGCCGAUGGAUCCACAAGCCUAUUUUUUCAACUUUUCUGAUUGCCAGUUUCCGAUCCUGAAGAACUUUUUAUCCUUCAGUUGGCUUCCUUAGAAUCACUCCUUCCUAAACUUCAUCAUGCAGUCACACGACAUGUUGUACAAAUAUUCUUAGUUUCACGGAUAGUCGACUGUAGUUUGCUUAGUAAAUUGCAGGAGUCAGGCUAUCUGUCAAUGUCAGUCCUUGUACUUGUAUUAUGAGGUCAAGUGUGUAUAUAUGUUAUUCCAUAGGUAGUGUGCUUUGAGAUUGUAAUUUGCUUCAGUUAAUUAUAUCCUGAUUGUAAACACUUCUUCAGUUUUACUAUCCACUAUAUUAAUUUCGUACA